AUGUGGCGCGAUUGCUACAAGCUCCCUGAUGGUUGGACCCCUGCUCAAGGCCAAGAGGGUAGAGGAGCAGGAGGAGGGAGAGGACGAGGCCGUGGAGGCCGGGGCGGUCGCGGUGGCGGAGCUGCAAACAUGAAGAGCGGAGACAACGACAAGGACCCGAGCGAGGAUCGAUACCCCGGUCUAUUCUACUUCGUGUCGACGCAAGCACCGUCUGGUCCAAAGAAGGAUGAAGGCUUUGAGGAGCCAGCAGCUGUGGGGAAGGUGACCCUACACCCCCUGGACUAUUGGGUGAUUUAUAGUGGCGCUACCUAUAGCAUGACACCUCGCCCGGACUUGUUCACCGAACUCGAGCCGUCACCGGUGAAGCAUGUCACAUCGGCUUUGGGGCAGCGAGCAGAGGUGAAAGGCAUGGGGAAGGCCAUGUUCAAGGGUGCUGAUGGGAAGAUGGUGGGCCUCAAGAACGUGCUUUGGGUGCCCAGCCUUGCUGCAAACCUGAUUUCCGUGCGGCGGUUGGCAAAGGCCGGCAUGGACACUAACUCGAAGGGAGCCAAGACCUACCCCGCAAGGCUUGGCGAUCGGGUUCUUUGGGACCUUCAUGAGGACAGGGAUGUCUACAACGAGAUGUGGCAGAUCCCAGUGGUCCCUAUGCCUAAGGAGAGGCAAGUGGCAGCAAGCGCCAGCACCAAAGGUGAAGCGGUUGGUAGCGGCGAUUGCGCGGACGGUCGCGCUAAGGAGAAGGAGUCCAAGAAGUGGAAUCUUGGAGGGACCAGCAAGCUCGGUGAUCAUGACAAGUGUGGUGCAGAAGCCAAGGAGCAGCACAAGGGUGAGGAGAACCCUGAGGCAGCAGCGGUGGAGGAGUACGGAGAGAGCAUGUGGGGCGCUAUUGCGAGCGCAGCAUUCUCCAAUCCGACUUCGGCUACAGGGGAGUGCGAUUGGCUUACCUUGCAUCGGCGAAUGGGGCAUGUGGCCCUGCCUAUCUUGCAGCAGCUAGUAAAGAAUGAGAUGGUUGCUGGCAUACGUCUGAAGGGGGAGCCCGAUGAGGUGCUUGGCUGCCCGACGUGCAUUCAAGCCAAGUUCACCUGGUUUCUGUUCCCUAGUUCGGAGGCAACGGCAAAGGCACCGCUUGAUGAGGUGGUGAUGGACGUGGUGGGCCCCCUGAAGCUUGGAGCUGCUGGAGCUGAGUAUUUUCUCACCAUUGUCGACGUCUACACCCGCAUGACUUGGGUGUAUGUGCUGGCCAAGAAGAGCGACGUGGCUGAAACGUUGAAGACGGAUUGGUUCCCGAUGGUGGAGCGGCAACAAGACCGUCUAGUCAAGUCAAUCCGCACCGAUCGAGGGGGAGAGUUCCUGCGCAAGGAGUUUGGGUUCUGGCUGAAGAAGAAUGGUAUUCGGCACUCCCUCACCAUUCCAUACUCCCCUGCAAUGAAUGGCAUCGCCGAGCGAGCGAACCGCACAAUCACGGAGGCGGCGCGCGGGUUGCUCAUUGAAGCCGGGCUACCCGACUAUUUCUGGCCUGAUGCAGUGCGGAGCGCGUGUGUGGCCAAGAACAGAGCCUUGACUCAUGUGGGAGCAGACAAAUGGGUGCCCUAUGUGGAGUGGCUAGGAAGGAAGCCAAAGGUGGAUAUGCUUCGGGCGGAGAAUGAGGCGAAGAUAUCCGUGCGGUUUGGGGAGGUGAAGAGUUCUGGUUCGGAGCAUGUGGAGCUGCCUUUGGAGCUGAGCAGCGGCAGCACAACCACGAGGCAAUCCUCCCUUGUGAAUGGGGGAGAGGAGGCCAAUGAUGCAGAGGAAGAAGAGGAGGAGGUGCAGCAAGUGAGCGAGCGUUGCACCGUCACUCCCUUCCCGUACCAUGAGUGCUCCAUGGAUUCGAGCCACACCGCAGCAACGCCAAGGCCUUCAAGUCCCUGCAGCUGA